AUGAACAUGUUUAAUCCCGUCAGCGCCUUGAGCACCCUCAACGUCAACCAAUUGGCGAGCAAGAUUAGCGGUGAGUUUUGAAUAUUUUUGCCCGUAAAAAAGAGAUAAAGACUACUUGCAAAAUCCCAGCAUUUUUCGUAUGAAUAAUUUGGCUAUUCUUUGAUAUUAUCGGGCGAAAGAAAUGUAUUUUUUUGUGACCGCGUUAUACCUGCUCUACGGUAGGAAUAGUCAUGAAGCUUUUCAUGGCAGAAUUCCCAAAGAAGUGUAAUAUUUUUGCCAACUUUCGAUCUAAAAAUCCCAGCCGUUUCUGCAAAGCGCGGACUAAAAAUGUUUCACAGACGUGUUAGAAUACAUCCAGAUCUGUGUCAAGUCUGAUCACAACCUGGUCGUCGCGCUUGAAGCAUUUCUUUAGCUUGAUACUAGUAGCAAGUCGGGGAUUUUUCCUUGAUCUAUUCUUUGACCAUAACGCCAACUUUAGCACCCCUGUCUCAGCAAAGAUGCGAUAGUCAUGGCGAUACAAAAAGGCCUUGAACUUUUUCUGUCUUUCCAGCCAGCCACUAAAUAUUUUUUUUCAGGCGUCAACAAACGCGUCUAUUACUGUCAGCGUUGUCUGAAUCACGGCCGUCUGGAGCCGCGGAAGAACCACAAAUGCGAAUGCGCGUUCAUCAAUUGCCAAUGCAACAAGUGCAUUCUCGUGGAGAAGCGGCGAGUGUUGAACACUCAGCUCCACGAGCUGGAAGACACUGCGGCUUCGGCGGCGCUGGUGAAGCUGGAAGAGAUCCCGGAGCAGGAGGACGAUCUGCAGGCGGAUGAGAUGCGUUUGAAAGGAGGUGAGUGUGAGAAAGCGAGGGUUCUGGGGAUAAAAAUGUUGAUAAUCAUGAGGUAA